UUAGUGAUAAUUAUCUAUUUUUAUUACGAGGCUAAUUUGUCAUCAACAAUUUAAAAAAAAAAAAAUUUAUAGUGUAUAUUGACGUUAUAAAUCCUUUAAAUUUUCAUGUAAUUUAAAUUGUUGAGUGUGUCAAAUGUCGAGACACAUACGUGCUGUCCAUGAAGCUAUUAUAAUAUUCAUUGUUAUUCGAUCUUUAGUCAAUCGCAAACAUAUGGCUGUCUCAGUAUUCGAUACACCGAGUUUCUAGCAUAAACGAAACCAGGUGAAAUACAGUUUGGUCAGAACAAAAUUGGUAGAAGGAUGUUAGAUAAAAAACGCUAUUUUAUCUAACUUGCGACAACGGAUGUGUAAAAGUGUAUAAGCAAUAUAAAAGUGUAUAAACAAUAUAACUUUGGAUUUCUGGAUAUGACACAUGUCAAUAUACAUAUGAGAAUGAAAUGAACGGUUAGUUAAUUAUGAAUAAUUGUUACGAGUUACGAGUUAAAUUAAUUAGUGACAUUGGACAGUAUUCUAAUUUUACGCAUAUUUGAUCCCGUUAAUGUUCGUUUCGACUCACUUUUUGGACGUGAACAUAAAAAUUCGACUUGUAUUGUACAUUAUAAAUGCAAACGUUUCUCUAUGUAUGAAUUCUAACCAAUGUGAAUUGUAGUAUAACUUGACCUCUCGCUGACUUAAUGAACAAUCAAGUGCACAAAUUUUACUGAAUCACACAAAAGAAUAAAGGAUUUUUGUGCAAUUCUUUACGGGAUAAUUCCUAGCAGUUUACCGGACCGUCUUAAAAGCAAUCGCGAUGAAUCUCGAUGCAUUGCGCGACUUUCAAAUGCCUUAUCUGCAGGCUAUUCAAACUAUACCGGGUAACACUGCUAGCGAGAAACAACAGUGGAUCGGGAAAUCAGCUUCGCACGAGCUGCAUGUCACUCAAGAUCUAAAACAACUCUCUUUAGAAGCGAUAUCUAUAUUGCUACUGGAAGUUGCCGUAAAACACAGGCGACAUGAGGAUAUAACAUUAGCUCUGAGGUCCGAUGACUGGACAAUCGUGAAUCGAGCUCUUAAAGCCACUUGGUUUUUCAACGGCAGUCAAGAAAUUAUCGACGCUGAAUACUUUUCGAAACGUGUCUUUCCUUACAUUUCUCGCCUUACGAAAACUCGUGUAGUGUGCACGCUUGCAAGUUGCAUAAAGAAUCCGUCAUUCGCGGAGGCAAUAUUUAAUGCUCUCACAAUCACUUAUAAUGUCGAAACUGCUUUACCACUUCUAAUGAUUUGCGAUCAAGAAUUUAUUUAUGCAACGAUAGUCGAGAAGAAACUUAUUUUGCCUGUUCACAUUUUCAAAAAAAUAUAUUACAAAAAUCCGGAGUUUGGAGUACGGUUACUUAAAGAAUAUAUUGGACAUCACAAAAUGUAUAGAUUUUGUAAUCGACAAAGGAGUUUGAAUAUAAGUGCUAGGAACAGUCCACAAAACAUUAUCCAAGAAUACCAAUGUAUUUUGCAUACAUUAGCGAAGAAGAGAUCGAUGGAAUUUGUGAACAUUGUACAAAAUGUAAUUCAGACUGUGAAUUUGUGUGAUAAAAUUGGUGUAUUAAGCAAAAAAUGUGCCAAAAAAUUUUUGAAAAAAGCGAAAACCGCUGUGAUUGGAUACCCACAUUUUUACAUGCCUAUGUUACCGUCUCAACUGAUCAACGCAGAACUAUUGGAAAUGAUGUUUCCGGGUUUAAUGAAAUAUUAUUGCCGUCACUUCUUCUGUACAGAUAAAAUGCUUAAAUAUUUAAAAGACUAUCCGGAGGAUAAAAGAUUGGAGAUACUUUUUGAAACAUAUAGGGAUCUUUAUCAACAUGAACUUCUUGACAAAGUAGAAAACGUGACACCUGCUUUACUGAAAAUAUUACCUAUCGAGAAAAGGAUUAUGUUUACCCAAAAUAUGGUAAUUUAUAACCUUUUUAAUAACCUAAGAUCUUACGAGAAAAGUCCGCUUUGUUACCUCUCGGUAGAUAAAGCAAUUCCGAUUUUUAAACGUUUAAUGAGAUCUGUUAGAACUCAGCUGAGCACACUUGAUCUUAUCUUAAAAAUGAUAUACACUUGCAAGGUUAACAAUGAUGAAGAUGAGUUAUAUAAUGUCUUAUCGUACAUUAUAGAUGGAGAGUACAUCAUAAGUGACUACAUUACGUUAGAGGAAGCAUUAGAAGCAAUGCAUCAGAUUUUUGUUGUCUGUGAAGUACCAUUUGUAAAUGAAAGGAAUGGCUCUCUUCUGUGUCACAUGAUACGAUUGUUUUACACACAGUACAAUCAUACAAUUAAAAGAUUGAUCAUGGAUAUGUUGCAUUUCAGAUUUAUUAAAAAUAUGCCAAUCGCUGAUUUAAUUGAUAUGUUGAUAGGUGUAAAAGAUACAUAUUAUUUCAUAAAGUUUAAUAUGUUUAAAUAUAAUGCACAAUAUGAGAAGCGUUGGCUCAUAUUUUUUAUAGAAAGAAAUAUAAAGAUAUAUAAAAGAUGGCAACCCGUAAGAGAUGAAGAAGGAGGAUAUCUGGAUGUUGAUUUAAAAUACUCUGCUUUAUGUCAAUUGCUCAUGGCAAUAUCUGAUUUCAAUGAAAGAUGCAAUAAUUCACGAACAAGAAUGGAGCGUAUAGCAAUUGAAAAUUAUCCUGAUUUGAUAAAUGCUAUUGAUUCAUUAAUUGUCUUCGCAGCAAACACAAUUUAUUGGAAGAAGGUAAAGAAAGUAUUACAUAGAAACGAAUCAGAUUUGCAUCGCCGUUUGAGCCGCAUGCCGUAUAGAUCGCGGAACAUGAUCCACGUAGCAUCGAGAGAAGCGCUUCGUGAAUUGAACAACAAUUUUCAGAGUAUACUGGACAAUUGGGAAGAAUAUUUGACAAAUUGUAGAAAUGAUUAUUGUGACAAACACGUGCAGCGGUUUGUGAGAGCCACACGUUGGUACAAGGAUAUUCCUAUUAAAUUUGCUGAGCGCUGUGUAAGUGAUUUACAGGGAGAGGAUACGGAAGAAAUGUCAUCUGCUUUAAUUAUUUUGAGUCUUUUGCUUCAUGGCAAUUCACUGACACAACUCUUAGAUCUGCCUUUCAUAAAAGAAAAAAGUAGAACUGAUAUUGUAAAUAUUGUAAAUACUUAUUAUAACUUGAGUUUUUCGUAUGUUUUAAGCAUUAUGAUUUCUAAUCCACCGGUGCCUCUUCGGCUAAUAACGGAAGUAUUUGAAUGUCACUCAGCCAUACAAAUUAUGAUACUAUCGCGUGUGAUUCCACGGUUGCCUGUGCUGAACGUAAUGUCAUAUUUUACGAAUAAUGUGUCGUCAAUGUCCGUUAAGAGACGAAUGUGGUGGAUUCAUCUCAUGUGUUUAAUUGUUCCUAUAAGCGAGCAGAUAAUUUUUCUUUACGAAAUGUGGACGACUGAAAAGCACUCGUGGGUAGAAGUAACUUUAUAUGGAGUGAUGUGGAUGUUAUGUGAUGAUCCAUAUCGAGAAAACGCAUUGUUGCUGCAACAAACGAAAGCGUCGUUUUUUGUCGAAAACGUAGAUUUGGUUGUGUCAUUUCAGAAAUUUGCUUCCGACUUUGUUGAUCAUCCUUAUGUCUGGAAUUUUUUUGACAUAUGGCUUGAGUUUAUAGCGAUUUAUGGUGAAAUGGGUUAUGUAGUCGAAUUUAUAGAAAAAUGCACUACGGUAUGCUUAUGUUUUCUCAACCCGUUUUUUUUUAAAUGUAAUGACAAUUUCGAUAUCAGUUACGUACUCCAGAAGUUCUUAUGUCACGCAAAUUAUGGGAUAUCCAAGGCAAUGCAAGACCACGCGUUGCCAUAUAUUUUACGCAUGGACGAAAUUUGCUUUUCCGUAAUUAAUAAUGUUCUUCCCAACAUAUUGUCCAGUCUUCAGAGCAAUUUGGACCAGUCUCCGGAGCAUGUUGGACGCUCUUCUGCAAUAAGACACAACGUGUAUUUAUUUUUGGAAAAGUUUGUUGUCGCGUACAAGUUAAGCUCGUGUAGUAAUUAUGGUGCAGUAAUUAAAAAUUUGCUGAAAAUGUUCGCAGAGGAAUCAUUAAUUAAGCAAAACAUGCAAUCUUAUGCGCUAUUAAAAUACGCGUGGAUAAUGUAUAUAUCCGACAGAAGAUGUGUUGUAUUAUGUGGCAGACAUUUUACAGAAGAUUCUAACGAACUUUUUUUUGGUCAACAACUUGGCCGACGAAUGCUUUCUUUAGUCGAAAUGUUUUCGCCACAAUCACUGGAUAUGUUGGCUAAAGUUCUUGUGCGAUUUCUUGUGCAACUUUAUAAAGAUGAUAAUUAUUUACGUGUCAUUAGUUGUGUCACAAGAGAUCUGUUAAUAGUCUCUAAUAAACAUUCUUGGGAUAUGGUGAAAAUGAUUUUAGCCGAGACACCAUGGAAAUGA